GCCAUCUUGAUUGUGUCUGAAGCACACAUUAGGAGUAGAUAUUGAUGAAUUAUUAUUCUUCCGAAAAAUGUUUCAUUAUCAAAGGAGUCUCGAUCUGCGUUGUCAACGUUCUUUUGGAAUUCACAUUACGACGGUUAGAAUAGCAGCUGGCGUAUAGCUUAGUCAGAAUGCCUCCCAUACAUGAGGCUGCCCGGAUAGGCAAACCAGUCCAGAUCAUCACCACCACUGAUAAUCAUUCCUUUGAGUUGAACCAUGAAGCCUUAAAGAAGCUGCUUCUCAAUGAGGAUGUAAGACACAAGAAUGUGUGUGUCGUCUCAGUUGCAGGAGCGUUUAGGAAAGGGAAGUCAUUCCUCCUAGACUUCAUGCUCAGAUACCUCAACAAGCAAGGAUCAAAGGAUUGGCUUGGACCAGAAGACCAACCGUUAGCAGGAUUUCCCUGGAGGGGAGGUACUGAGAGGGAAACCACAGGGAUCUGGGCUUGGAGUAAAGUAUUCCUAUGUCCUGGACCAGAUGGUGAAGAGGUUGCAGUGAUCUUAAUGGACACACAGGGAGCCUUUGAUUCAGGGUCAACUGUCGAAGAAUGCGCUAAGAUGUUUGCUCUAAGUAUCAUGAAUAGCUCACAUCAGGUUUUGAACUUGAGUCAAAAUAUUCAGGAGGAUGACCUACAGCAUUUACAAUUGUUUACUGAGUAUGGAAGACUGGCUAUGGAGGAGGAGAGUUCUGAAGCCAAACCAUUCCAGUCUUUGAUGAUCCUGGUUCGUGAUUGGAGCUACCACUAUGAAUAUGACUAUGGGGGAAGUGGAGGUUCCAAGUUCCUUGACAAGAGGUUGAAUGUAACUAGGCAUAGAGAUUUACAGGAUGUGAGACGUCAUAUCACAAGCUGCUUCAAGAGACUUGGCUGCUUCUUGAUGCCUCAUCCUGGUCUAGCUGUAGCUAACAAUCAAGACUUUGAUGGUAGAUUAGCAGGUAUCAGUAAAGAUUUCAAGACCUAUCUGCAGGAAUUAGCUCCUCUUCUUCUUUCGAAGGAAAAUCUGAUUGUCAAGGAGAUCAAUGGCACUAAGGUCACGUGUCAGGCACUUCUAGAGUACUUCAAGGCUUACAUCACUAUCUACAAGGGAGACGUUUUACCUGAACCUAAGACUAUACUACAGGCGACAGCAGAGGCCAAUAACUUAGCUGCAGUAGCAAGUGCUUUGGACAAAUACACUAAGGAUAUGGAACAGGUAUGUGGAGGUGACAAGCCAUACCUGAGUCCAGAUGAGCUAAAGAAGAAACACAAUCAAGUUGAGGAAGCAGCCAUUAAUCAAUUCAGAAAAGUACGCAAGAUGGGAGGAAGGCAGUACAGCCAGCAAUAUGAGGAGGAACUUUUAGCUCAGAUGAAGACUUACGAGCAGCAGUAUAUCAAACACAAUGAAAACAAGAAGCCGUUCAACAUGAAAACCAUACUCCCAACGUACAACACGCCAUUGGUGAUUGGAAUAGUAGGAGGCUUGAUUAUUGUAUGCUUUUGUACGAUUACACCGAUUUCCGUUAUAAGGCCAGUCAAGACGGUAAAGCAGAUAGCUGAUGUUCUUAAAGGUAUUACAAAGUGUUGGUAAAACUAUCUAAUUCAUCUGAAACUCUUUGAUGUUAUAACAAUAUGCUAUAGGAAUAUCUUUAACCAAUCUCCCCAGCUGAAAUACUUUUUUUUUUUAGUGAAUUAAACAGUAAUUAAUAAAUCAAUUAUUAGUUCCAAGCUGACAAAAGUAAUGAACACACAACAAUAACGAGCUAACUUCCCCUAAAGGGUAGAAAUAAACAAUAAUAUUAAUAUAUUACAUUUAUAAAGCGCUUAAUACAAUGUUU